AUGGAGGAGGUGGAGAAAGGGGAGGUCUUCGAGAAGAAUACCAAGCCGAGGCUGGAGAGCUCGGAUGCGGCCGACCUGUUCACUGACGACAUCAUCCUGGAGAUCCUCUACCACCUCCCCGCCAGAUCCGUCAACCGCUUCAAGUGCGUCUCUGUACCCUGGCGCGACCUCAUCAUUGACCCAACGAACCGCAAGAAGCUCCCCCGGGUCCUCGCCGGCUUCCUGUACAUGUCCUUCCGCAUCGGGUACCACCACCAGCUCGCCAGUGCCUCUGGUGGCGCAGCCCCGUUCGACCCUUGCCUCCCUUACCUGCAGCCAAACAAGUACAAGGACAUGGAGCAGGUAGACGCCUGCAAUGGCCUCCUUCUCUACCGCGGUUGCACCAAAAAUUUGCCCCCUUGGGAUAGGACAAAGGAUGAUUGCCCUUUUGUCCUGUGCAAUCCUGCCACUGGGAGCUGGGUGGAGCUGCCCCCUCAACCUCAACCGCAAGAGCCGGCGAAAGGGCGUAGCCGUAUCACAUGUCUGGCUUUUGAACCGGCGGUCUCAUUCCAUUUCCAUGUUCUUCGUUUCGAGGAGGCAGACUCGUCGAGCGUGACAGGAGUCAGCAUCUACUCGUAG